GAUAUUACGUCUUGUGAUAUGCGUGAAUACAUAGUGCAGUCGACAUUUUACAUUCACAGACAGAUAUCUCUAAAAAAUCAGAUCAUUCUGUACAGAAGUUCAGUUCCAAUUUCAAAACUUUGGAAGGAAUUGAAAUGAUGCCUAAAGGUACUUUGAUAGACAUUAAAAUUGCCAUUAAAGAAGUCAAAGAUGCAGCUGUAGUGACAAACAAUCAAGGAACUAGUUUUGAUAAACUAGACGUCAUAAUUUAUGAUAAUACAAAAGAUUCGUUUACACUAGUAUUAUGGGAUCUCAAAUCAAAGGAGAAUAAAUAUCCAAUUAAUUCAAUUUGGUCAAUUCGUGGAGCAAAAGUAGGAGAAUAUGGUGAUAAAAAAUAUAUUCAAUGUGUAACCACGUCAACUAUAUCACAAGACCUAACAUCAGAAUUAAGUUUAAGAUUACAAUCCUGGAUAGCAGAAAAUGUAAAAUAA